UGAAAAUAAAUGUAAAAAGAUGUAAACUGUGCUAGCAGAUGGACGUCCUACAGCAAGGAAACCCAGGCAGUGAGAUAUUACAGUAAACGGCGGGUAGUUUCCCUGACAGGAAGUCAUCUUAACAGUUUAACUUCUCUGCCCCAAAGGAGGAAGCAUAUUUCAAAAUGCUCAGUGAGGACGAGCUGCUCGCCUGCAGAAUGAAAGAGACCCACUUGAGGAAUAAGGAUAAAAAAAGUAGACUCAGUCUUCUUCUGGCAAAGUCUGGAUCGCAUGAAAAUGUCAGUCCUGAAAAGAAGCCACCAGCUAAAACUAACCACAUCGCACCGGACGUGGCUCUGAGAUGGGGUGAUUCAUUUGAGGAGCUGCUGAGUCACUCAGGUGGGGUAGAAGUCUUCACACAGUUUCUGCGCACUCAGUUCAGUGAGGAGAACAUUGAGUUUUGGUUAGCCUGUGAAGACUUUAAGACCACCGAGUCUGCAACCAAACUGCAGUCUAAAGCCAAACAGAUACAUGUAAUUUUCAUCGACAAGGAAGCCCCCAAAGAGAUCAACAUCGACUACUCAACCAAGGCAACCAUUGAGAAGAACAUCCUUAAGCCCACUAGGUCCUGCUUUGAUGCAGCACAAAAUAAAAUCUACAGCUUAAUGAAAAGAGACUGCUACCCACGAUUCCUCACCUCCGAUACCUACUUGGCCCUGACCAAGAGAGCAGGCCCUCCCACUAUGACCAGGAGAAGGUCCCGCUCCUUUGUUUUUAAUGAACGUCCUGAAGGCACAGCGGCCUGGUUGUAGAUUUGUGAUGCUAUAGGUUUUGUUGUUGUUGUUGUUGUAUAUUGUCAAUAGCACUUGAUCAUGUGACACCUCUUAGCUAUUUAUUAACAUUAGAUCCUGUGGGCUGGUAUUUAAAUACUAAUCAUUCUGUCAUGAUUGUCAAAUGCUCGAUUAUGCUUGAAGGAUUUCGUGCCAAGCUUAAUUUAAUCUACAUGUUUAGAAUGCCUAAACAUUGUAAAUACCUGUUUAAGGAUUAAUUUCUGUAU